AGCCGUUGAGCAAUUUGUGAUAACCUAUCAUGCCUCUCGACUUUUACCCCAAUGGACUUUUAGAUUCAUUCAAAAUUGCUAUUGGCGUUAAAGUCAUUAUUGCCUGAUACAGCAGAACGGCGAUUAAAAAAGUAUCAGUAUCAGUCGGCGUUUACUGAGCAAAAUGUCCGAAACAACGGAGAAUAGACCGUUUAAUUGGAAAUCCAUGACAAAAUUCCUACUUCAAAGUGGUGACGUAGAGCUAGAGCGUGAACUGUACAAAGGCUUGCAAAAGGAUCCUAUUCUAUACCCUGUGGGAAAUCGGCCCACUCAUGACGAAGCUACCCAAAUAUCAGUGCGAAACUCUUUCAAAUUGUGCGAAUUGCGAAAAUUGUUCUCGGAUCGAAUAACUUUUACUGCCUUGUUCAAACUUACGAGUCAUGUUUCGGUGGGGGCCGGUAUACAAGAUGGUAUCUCCAGCGCGCUGUUUGUCGGUGCUUUAAAUAGCGUUGGAACUGACCGCCAUUUGAAGUACGUUGAACUGGAGAAGAGAGGAGAGAUCAUUGGAGCGUAUUGCUUAACAGAGAUAGGUCAUGGAAGUGAUACUAGAUCGAUGAGAACGGAAGCCGUGUACGAUAAAGAGAGUCGCGGGUUUGUCUUGAACACACCCAAUUUUGAAGCUGCCAAGUGUUGGUCUGGGAACGUAGGGCGAAUCGCAACACAUGCAGUUGUCUACGCUCAACUUAUAAUACCUGACGACGGUAAUUACGGUUUGCAGCCCUUCGUUGUCCAAAUCAGAGACACGCGCACACUUCUACCACGUCCAGGAGUAACAAUAGCGCACUUGGGGGAAAAAGUUGGAUUGAACGGAGUUGACAAUGGAGUGAUAAUUUUCAACAACUUUCGUAUUCCAAAAGAGAAUCUACUCAAUAGACUAGGGGACAUUAAUGACGAAGGGAAUUACGUUCUGGAAGUUGCGGAUACGCGCAAACAGUACGCAAUCGCUUUGAGCGUGCUGUUCGGGGCUAGAAUUUCAGUUGUGAUCCUUACCGUCGCCAAUUUAACUCACGCCUUAGUAAUUGCUGUGAGAUGCCUGUUCAAUCAAAAUCGAACGGGACAUCCUCGUAUAAGGACCCUAAUGCCGCACUUGGCUAUCGCUUACGUGGGCACCAUUUUUUCGCCACUGGUCCUCCAACUUAGGACACAACUGGCGAACGUUCUUGAAAAGGACGAUGAUAGUUCCACCAAAAUGCUUUCCGAGAUGCAUGCUAUCGCAACGGCGGCAAAGUCGAUAUCCAGCUGGCAAUCGCGUGAUGGUGUUAAAGAAUGCGUUGAAGCUUGCAGCUCAUUAGCGUAUUAUAGAGAUUCUGAUUUGGUAAGAUUGAAAAGCGAUAACGAAGCGAACUGCACGUAUGACGGUGAGAACCACGUUUUAAUACAGCAAACCUCGAACUGGUUAAUGAAACUCUGGCCAGAAGUCGCGAAGGGCACUAUAGUAGAGUUUCCACUGGGAUCUGUUUCAUUUUUGAACAAAGAAGUAUUGAACACGACAUUUCACGUGUCCAAUAUGCAACAGUUUAUGGAUCUCAACAACAUUUUGGGGUACUAUCGAUGGCUGAUCACUUACUUAUUGAAGAAAAGCCAUGACAAGCACGUUCGCCUCUUAGAAAACGACCAAUUUUCGAGAAAAAACGAAAACCAAGUCUAUUAUCGCAAAAGCCUGUCUGUCGCUUACUUUGAGCAUUUCACCAUUCAGAUUGUAAGUUUAAAGGUGAAAGAAGCCGCAGAUGAUGAAAUUAGGAUUGUAUUAACAAAGCUUCUCAGUCUGUACGGAAUUUGGAAUUUGCAAAAGUUUGUGCCUUAUUUUUAUGAAGGCGGCUACGUACACGGUUCUUUAUUUGCCGAGUAUAUAGAGGACUCUAUUUUGUUACUAAACCACGAGCUGGAAAAGGACGCUCUUUCGUUAGUCAACGCCAUCGCUUCACCUGAUGUCUUUGGAUGGUCAGCUGUGGGUUAUUCCGGUGGUCAAAUAUACGAACGCUUAGAAUCAGCAAUACUGCAACAGUUGGGGGUAUUCUCAACACCUGCCUGGAUAUCAGAAAUAAAGAACUUAAAAUCAAAACUCUAACAGGACUAUUUCAUGCUCCGAUAGCUUAAUAUUAAUAAUAAAACGUACCUACACUACAGUACAAUUUCACUAUGUUUCAUGUGAGUUCUGAGCAGUCGAUUACUUUUAUUGUACUAUUUCGAUCAUAUCUUCAAGGUUCAAUGUUA